CUAAACCCCAUGGUGUACGUCAGCACACCAUCACCAGCAUGGCGGCUCCCUCGGGCCACAGUCUGGGCAGGACGGAGGCCCACGGCCUGCGCUUCCUGCUCCGGGAGGAAGACCUGCUCAUCCUGGACCGCCUACCAGAAGCUGCUCACCAAGCUCACCACUGUCGUCAAGGAGAUGGAGAGCCACGCCGCACAGAUCCACGACCUCCUGUCCUCCAUCACCCACCCCCCCGCCUCGUCCGAGGUGAAGACCCCAGAGAGCUACAUCUCGGCCGAGAGCGAGGGAGAGAGGGGGGAGAGGAACGGGAAGAAGGUGUGCUUCAACGUGGCAGGGGACGAGCAGGAGGACUCAGGCCACGACACCAUCAGCAACAGAGACUCCUACAGCGACUGCAACAGCAACAGGAACUCCAUAGCGUCCUUCACCAGCAUCUGCAGCAGCCACUGCAGCUCCUACGUCCACAGUGACGAGAUGGACUCAGGAGAUGAGGUGCCAGUCAGUGUGUGGCUCUCCCACGACAAGCAGAAGAAGCUGCUUGGCUUCCUGGAGCAUCUCUUCAGCCAGGUGGACUCCAUCUCCAGCAUGCUGAAGGGAGCUGUGGUGGCCAGGGCCUUCGAACAGACCAAGUGCUUCACUCCUGGACGAGGGUUACUAGAGUUCCAGCAGGAGAUGGACCCCAGGGUGAACUGCACCAAGAAGCUGCGUCUCCACGUCAAGCACGACCCCUGGAACCUGCCCAGCAGCGUCCAGAGCCUCACACACACCAUCGCCAAGUUUGUUGAAGAGGUGAAGACACGGCUGCUGUUGGUCUUGCUUCAGUACACAGACUCUGAGAUUCAGUUGCGGAGGGACAUGGUGUUCUGCCAGUCUCUGGUGGCGGCUGUGUGUGCCUUCUCCCAGCAUCUCCUUGCAGUUCUUACCCAGACCCACAGCGGGGCCACAGAGGCCGACCUGGAGGGCCCAGACCCCCUGGAGACCCAGGAAGCCGGCAAACGCUGGCUGGAGCAGAUCGCAUCCGCUGGGCUCCUGCUGCACUUCCAGUCCCUCCUCUCCCCCAACCUGACGGAUGAGCAGGCCAUGCUGGAGGAUACCCAGGUUGCUCUUAUCGACCUGGAGAAGGUCACCUUCUACUUCCGACAGUUUGAAGGGGAGCCGCUGGUGGCAAACGUGCCCAUCUCGCACCAGGUAGAGGGCACCCGGCAGGCCCUGAAGGUCUGCUUCCAUCUGGAGGGCUGCUACUUCUCCCAGCUGCCCCAGCGCCUCAGGAACGGAGGGGGCUUCAAGAUUUACCCCGUCCUCUUCACCCAGGCUCUGGAGAGUAUGGAGGGAUACUACUACAGAGACAACGUGUCUGUUGAGGAAUAUCAGGCCCAGAUCAACACUGCCUCACUGGACAAGGUCAAACAGUACUGCAAGAGACUGAG